AUGAUCCCAUCGCCAUUGCAGAAGCCAGAUGUUACCUUGUCACUCACGCUAUCACCCUCCUCUGUCUCCGGUCCGGCGAGCACUACCCGAGAGACUCCCGAAGGCAGAGGGAUCCGGCUCAUCGAGCUCCUCCUCAAAUGCGCCAACCACGCCUCGACACCUGGCGCCAACGACCUCGACCGAGCCGACGCGUGUCUCUCCCAGAUAUCGGCGCUCGCCUCUGUUUCCGGGGACUCAAUGCAGCGGCUGGCGGCCCACUUCGCCUCCGCACUCGCCACGCGCCUCCUGAUCAGGCGGUGGCCCGGGAUCUACAGAGCCGUCAACCACACGCGCCGCUGCCGUUUUCCGGUCGUUGAUGACAUCGAUUCCGCGGCGCGUGCCCUGUUUUCCCAAGCCUUCCCUUACCUCAGCUUCGCCUACGCCAUCAUAGCCCGAACCUUGCUCCAGGUCAUGACCCACGAGCGGGUCGUACACCUCGUCGACCUCGGGUCGGGGGAUCCGAAGCUUUGGGUUCCCUUGCUCCGUAGCUUCGCCCGGCUGUCCAAUGGGCCGCCGCAUUUGAAGGUGACUUGUGUGUCAAGCAACCGAACCGUGCUGGAGAAGUUAGGGCAUAGGCUGGUGAAAGAAGCAGAGGUUCUUGACCUCCCUUUCCAAUUCAUUCCCUUGAAUGUCGCCGCUCAAGACCUCACACCGGGUUUGCUCCAGAUCCGAACCGGUGAGGCUCUCGCGUUUAUCUCCAUACUAAACCUCCACGCUCUUCUAGCUGAUGAUGAUGACGAUCAUCAUAGAUUCAACGCUAGUUAUGAUAACGAUAACGAAAUUAGAAAUGGCAAGCGAUUGAAUACAUUUUUGCUGAUGAUACGGUCGAUGUCUCCCAAAGCGUUGUUUGUUGUGGAGCAAGAAGCAGACCACAACUCGAGUCGAUUGGUCGAUCGAUUUGUUGAUGGGUUACAUUACUAUAGUGCGGUUUUUGACUCGAUAGACGCAACAUUUGGUAGUACUGGGAUAACUAGCGAGCAGGCAGAGGGACGGAUUAUGGUGGAGGAGAUGUUUGGGAGGGAGAUUGAGAACAUGGUGGCAUAUGAAGGGCUGGAUAGGGUGGAGAGGCAUGAGCGAUUCUCGAGAUGGGCAUUGAGGAUGACUCGAGCUGGCUUUCGAUCGGUCCGAAUGUGGUACAACUCUGAUGAAGAUGCCAAGCAAAUGGUAGGUGCUUUUGGGAAGGAAGGGUAUAAGAUUGUGAGUGAUAGAACGAGCAUGAUGAUUUGCUGGCACGAUCGUCCGUUGUAUGCUGUCACUACAUGGACAAGUUGA